AGUCCUCCCCCUCCAGAACAACCACCCUCCUCGGAGGACCCUGCAGAUGCUUGGUUUAACGCAGCUGGGAUCCUUUUGUCCCUCAAACACGCGGCGGCGGAAAGGAGCGUUAGGAUGGGGGCCCCAAUGGAAAUGGUACAGUGGACCCCUCCUGGAAGUGAUCCUUCAAUUACGCAGCAACAGGUUUGUAAUUUAUUUGCCCGGGGGUGAGUUAAAUCUAAUCAUUUAUUUUAAAUUCUUCUUUAUCACUCCGAAUGGCAAAACCAUCGACUCAAAGCAAAGAGACAAGUCAUAAUUUAUGAAACUAAGACAAAAUUAAAAACGAAUCUGGCCUUAAUGCUGUCCUUUUUAACUUUCUUCCUUUUUGCCUGAAGGUGCUUCGUUUUGGCUUUCUCUUAGACAUUAAUUGCCCUUUUUUGUAUGGUCUUCGUCGAUUACGUGGUCUCCUCAGAAAACGAAUACUUUUUUUGUGUUAAUGAUAUAUGAAAUAAAUCAUAUAUGAACUGCGAAAAUGAAAUGAAAAUGAAGAAAUGAUCGUCGCAGUGAACGUAAUGUAUGCAAUUGUGUAAAGAAGCCCUGAUUUUUUUUCAGGCUUCUUUACGCAAUUGCGGAAAUUGCGUUCACUGCGACGAUCAUUUCUUCAUUUUCAGAAUAUUUUUUUGUUGGAAAUAUAGAUUGCCUGCGACGUAUGGAAUAUUUCCAAUUCAGGAAGCUUUAAUAUCAUCACAUAUGAUCUUUAAUAGGAUAAGCUAAAGGCAGCCAGGAAACUAUAUUCGUCACAUGCAGUGAACGCUGUAUUUUUCAUUUGUUUUAUAUUUUCGUUAGAUCAGUCAUCUACCAUUGAAUGGAUUUUCCUCUCCANAUGGAAAUGGUACAGUGGACCCCUCCUGGAAGUGAUCCUUCAAUUACGCAGCAACAGGUUUGUAAUUUAUUUGCCCGGGGGUGAGUUAAAUCUAAUCAUUUAUUUUAAAUUCUUCUUUAUCACUCCGAAUGGCAAAACCAUCGACUCAAAGCAAAGAGACAAGUCAUAAUUUAUGAAACAAAGACAAAAUUAAAAACGAAUCUGGCCUUAAUGCUGUCCUUUUUAACUUUCUUCCUUUUUGCCUGAAGGUGCUUCGUUUUGGCUUUCUCUUAGACAUUAAUUGCCCUUUUUUGUAUGGUCUUCGUCGAUUACGUGGUCUCCUCAGAAAACGAAUACUUUUUUUGUGUUAAUGAUAUAUGAAAUAAAUCAUAUAUGAACUGCGAAAAUGAAAUGAAAAUGAAGAAAUGAUCGUCGCAGUGAACGUAAUGUAUGCAAUUGUGUAAAGAAGCCCUGAUUUUUUUUCAGGCUUCUUUACGCAAUUGCGGAAAUUGCGUUCACUGCGACGAUCAUUUCUUCAUUUUCAGAAUAUUUUUUUGUUGGAAAUAUAGAUUGCCUGCGACGUAUGGAAUAUUUCCAAUUCAGGAAGCUUUAAUAUCAUCACAUAUGAUCUUUAAUAGGAUAAGCUAAAGGCAGCCAGGAAACUAUAUUCGUCACAUGCAGUGAACGCUGUAUUUUUCAUUUGUUUUAUAUUUUCGUUAGAUCAGUCAUCUACCAUUGAAUGGAUUUUCCUCUCCAACUGAUACUGCAGCGUUCCUGUCAAGUGCGAUAGGUGGCCAAAGCGACUCCGAGUGUCCUCAGGAUUUCUACUCGGGGGAGGUCUUUCAGGAGGAGACUUUUCCAGCUCACGGUCAUAGCUCCAGCCAAUUAGGGUCCAAGCCUAACAAGUGUCGCCUGUGUGAUAAAGUGUACGCCCGGCCGUCCACCUUGCGAACGCACAUGCGCACCCACUCUGGGGAGAAGCCGUAUCAGUGCCACAUCUGUUUAAAGUCCUUCUCACAAGAUGCUAAUCUAACAGCCCAUCUGCGAAUCCAUUCGGGUGAAAAGCCAUUCAAAUGUUUGGUUUGCGAUCGCAGGUAAGUAAAAAUUAAUGCAGAAGUGACCAAAUAGAAGUUGCUAAUACGCGCGUUUAUCGCAGUUAGCCCGAAUUUCAGCCGUCUCCCCAAGUUUCAAACUCCCAAGAGAGACAUCAUCUCUCUUGGAAGUUUGCGACGCAAGGAGGCGGCUGAAAUUCAGGUUGUUAUCGCAUCAGCCAGCGAGAGAAAAUGAACGCUCGGGCUACAAUAAAAAUGAAAAAGUAAUUGAAACAAUUCGAAAGACCUUUUCUCAGUACUAAAUAUUAAAGAGAAGAAAUAUUAAAUUAAAUAAAAAAUAUAAACACCCGGUGCAAUACAGGCUCCGGUAAGUUUAUUACAAUUUAACUCUUUCACCUUGAUUGCACCAGCAGAACUCAGUGACUAGUGCAUCAAAAACAGGUUGUGUAGUUUUAUUCCAUGAAGUGUAACGUUGCCAUGAAAAGAAGAAUAGUUUUCAGAAAUAAAUUAUCUGUCAUUUCGAGACACACUGUAGAAAUUAAAAAGUUGAUACAUUUCUUUUUAUCGGGAAUUUUAGUCUUGUAAUGACGCGAGAGUAUUGUUCAUUCGCAAAGCGAAUUACGUCAAGGAACUUGACCUUUUUAAGUUAAGGGAGUAAAUACGCGUUACAAUUUAAAAAUCAGUCAUAGUCAGGCAUUCUUGGCCCUAUACUUAAAAAGAAUAGGGAAGAUAGAGGUUAAACUAGAAUUUUUACUUCUGCACCAUCUUUAGGUUUGCCCAGUCCUCUUCAGUGACCACCCACAUGCGUACGCAUACUGGAGAGCGUCCAUACCGCUGUAAAAUGUGUUCCCGUGGAUUUGCUGACAGCUCCACGCUGACCAAACACCUGCGGACUCACACUGGGGAGAAGCCGUACAAGUGUAAGAUUUGCCAGCUCAAGUUUUCGCAGUCAGGAAACCUGAAUCGCCAUAUGCGUGUGCAUGAGCAUUGA